UGUGGUCUAUUGCGCAAUAUAUAACUGGUAUUGAGUGGUACAAACUGGUGGUGACUGCCUUAGACAUUGCACCACGUUAACACACACACGAGUUGAUGUAAUGGUCAGUGCAAGAGUUGGGGGCCAUUCACAACCUGCCUGCCUCCUGUACAUGACGUGUAUGACCUACCACCAGCCUGCUGAUGUGGUCCUCCUCGACGUUGUUGUAGCAGAAGGGUUGUGAUUGUGUUGUUCUGCUGAGGUGGUUGUGUUGUGAUGAUGGUUAGUGUUGUGAGUAACUCCACCGACUAGAUCACCACCACCACCAUGUUCGGGCAGCAGCGGUCCACGUUCGGCACCACCGGGACCUCCUUUGGCACCUCCUCCUUCGGCACGCCCAACACCACCACCGCCACCACCGGCUUCGGCACCUCCACCUUUGGACGGUUCGGAACGCCGGUAAGUGCGACUCAACAGACCACAAGCUUCGGCACCGGCACAACCCCAUUUGGCGCUGCGACGUCCUCCACCACCUCGCUGUUCGGCACACAGCCACAGCAGAGUGGGGGCGGGCUGUUCGGCACACAGCAGACCCAACAGCCGUCAACCGGGUUCACCCAUGGCACAACCGGCUUUGGCUCCACCAGCGGGGGUGGCCUCUUUGGGCAGACCCAGCAGCCCAGCACAGUCCCCCCGACAGGUCUGUUUGGCACCAGCGGAACGAGCGGCUUCGGGGCCCAACAGUCCACGCAGAACCGCCCCUUUGGCUUCGGGCAGACCACCACCACCACCACGGCAGGGGGGCUGUUCGGCACCACCCCAUCCACGGGCGGCGGCCUCUUUGGCACCACCACGGGGUUCGGGGCUACCGGAGGGGCGGUGAGCGGCACGACGGUGAAGUACGAACCAGUGACCGGCAGCGACACCAUGACCAGGAACGGUGUGUCAACCAACAUACGGACGCGCAUUGAGGUCAUCACGGCUAUGAAGGAAUAUGAAAACAAAUCGAUGGAGGAGUUACGUGUUGAGGACUACCUAGCCAAUCGUAAGGGCCAGGGGCAGGCGGCGGGGCUGGGGGGCUUCGGCCAGACCCAGCAGCCCGGCGCCCAGACCCAGCUUGGCGGGGCUGGGGGUCUGUUCAGCUCCGGCGCCAGCACGUCGCUCUUUGGUGCCAAGCCUCCGGAGAAUAAGUCGCUGUUUGGCACCACGGCCUCCACGGGCUUCGGCAGUACCAGUGGGGGCAGCCUCUUCGGCACGGGGGCGGCCACUCCAGCGUUUGGGCAGCCCAACACCACCAGCACAGCCUUCUCCUUUGGGCAGAACGCACAGCAGCAACCCAAGUCAACCGGGUUCAACUUCGGCAGCGCGGCCACAACCACGCCCUCGCUGUUCGGGUCCACCACACAGCAGCCGCAGCAGCCCUCCUUCGGCAUGCAGGGUUUCCAGCUGGGACAGAACCCGCAGCAGCAACAGAACACCGGAGGCCUUUUCGGGAACCAGAACAAACCCGGGACAUCAGGCUUCCUCUCGACCCCUAACACUGGCGGGGGGCUGUUUGGGAGCAAGCCGGCCGGUCUGACGCAGCCCCUCGGUGGGGGUGGGUUCGGCACCACCCCGGCCGUCACCCCCUUUGGCUCCACGGCGACCUCCACGGGGGGCGGCCUCUUCGGGACCAACCAGGCCACGCAGAAUAAGCCCGGCGGACUGUUCCCGACCUUUAGCAACCCUGGAGGCUUCGGUAGCACGGGUCUCUUCGGGCAAACCAACACCCAGCAGAAGCCCGGCAGCACCAUACCCUUCGGAGGCUUUGGCACCUCCACCAUGACCUCCGGGCUGGGCACCAACACUGGAGGCGGCCUUUUCAGCGCCGCGCCAGCCACCAACACCAUCGGUAUGACCAACACCGGCCUGUUCAACGCUAACAAUGGGUUCCCCAUGUCGCAGCAGAACGCACUGGGCGGCGCAGCAGGGGGAGGGAUGGGCAUGUUCCCUGACCUGGGCAAGCUGGUUAAGGCCAUGACCGAGAAACCUGUCCUGGACCUGGCUGGGGACAAGUCAUCCGCCACAGGUAAAGGAAGCGACCAGGUGGCAUCCAAGCUUGCCAGUUCCAACCUCAAGCCCACCUAUGUGCUGUCCCCGUCCCUGGUCACCGGUUCCAAGCCCAAGCCCAGACCUGUCAACAAGCCCAACAACAACAACAACAACAGACACUGGCUGUUCAAGGGGCUGGAGGACCCCAACGAGGAGAGUGCCGAGGACUUCCUAAAACCCAAGAAGUACCCGAGUGUGCGUACCCUAAACUUGAAGGUGUUCCGGGGCACCAAAACCACCGACACCUCUUCCCCCGGCACUCCCAUCGACACCUCAAGCAAGCUGAACGGCGAGGUGGACGGAGAGGGCGGUGGGGGGGGUGACCAUCCGCCCCCUCUCACCUCCCCCCUUGGCACCCUUAGGGACUCAACGCCUCUCUCCCUCACCACCAACGGGCCCAGUCGCUCGCAUGAUAACUCCCCGACGCCGGAUAUUAUCAAGUACCGAAGCAACAUUAAGCGUCUCAAUAUACCGGCGGACAAGGGCGGCAGCCAGAACCCAGACGACACCCUAGUGGACCUUAAUGUUCGGGCCCACCGGAGGAGCGGCCAGCACCACCACCACCACCACCACCUCGACGCAGACUCUGAGGCCAACAAGGAAAACGACAACAGCGGCAACAACAACACAAACAUCUCGCUCUUCAACGCCUCGAGUGAUGAUGAGUUGUCGGAUAUGGUGCGGCAGACCCCUGAGGAACCCCACCCAGCUGGCGUCAAGCUCCACCGUCCAGGCUACUACACGCUGCCCCCCUUGGACGAAGUAGCGCAGAUGGUCAUCACCGACAGCGACAACAACAACGAGGGGGCCGCCAACAAGCGCUGCCCCGUCGAGAACUUCACCGUUGGGCGCUAUGGGUACGGCAACGUGUGCUUCCUGGGGGUGACGGACGUGGCGGGGCUGGACCUGGACGCCAACGUGUUCAUCGUGCGGAAGCAGGUGGAGGUCUACCCACCAGGAACCACCAAGCCUCCACGUGGCCGUCAGCUCAACCGCCCUGCCAUUGUGACUCUGGACUGCGUGUGGCCGGUGGACAAGACGACGCGCGAGGUGAUCAAGUCCCCGGAGCGGCUGCAGGCCAUGGGGUGGACGGAGUACCUGGAGAAGCAGUGCGUCAAGAUGGAGGCGUCCUUCCUCGAGUACCGCCCCGAGACUGGCUCCUGGGUCUUCAAGGUGAAACACUUCUCUAAAUACGGCCUCCAAGACGACAAUGACGAGGAGGAGAUGGUGACUGUCCCCCCCAAGCAGCUGCAACCCCCCUCCGACGGCCUCCUGCCCCCCCUCACCUCCGCCGCUGCCUCCACCACCUCCUCCCUCCUGCCCCUCACCCUCCCCCACAAGCCAGUGUCAGGGGGGCCGCCCAUCACUGCCCUCACCUCUCCCCCCCCUCAGUUCUCCCUUGGCCACACCACCGCUGCCAUCUCCUCCGCCACCACCACCACCGCGGCGCUCUCACAGGCUGCCGGGCAAAGCAGGUUCCUGGACGCAGCGCUGCAGGACACACAGUCAGCUGAGGAUGACAUGCUGGACUCUGUCUUAGCCAAGGAGCCAGAAGAGAGUGCCUCCCUGAGUGUGCUGUCCCCGAGUGCCGAGCGCCUGACGGUUGUGUCGCACGUGGUGCCGAGAACCGUCCAGCUCGCCAAAAUGCAGCUGUUUGGUGGGCGCGAGGAAGAAGAGGAGGAGGAGGCCGAGGACAUGGGGACUAUGGGGCGGGACAUGCAAUCCUUCACCACCACCGCUGCCUCCGCCACCCCUAGAGAAGGCACCCCAACGCUUCUGUCCUCUAAGGUGGCCAACAAGCGGCGGAUGGUGUCGGGUGACCUGGGUGCCAGUCGGGUGUCCAGCCCAUCGCAGGGGGAGGCCAGGCCCAGACCGGGUGCCACCCCCUCAACGCCAAGGCCAGGCACACCCAAGCAAGGCCGUGAGGAGGAGCAACCAAGCCUUCACGAGCCGCGCACCGAGUACCAACUAUUGCCGAGUAGCUGGGAGCAGGAGGCAGGCCGGGAGGAGGCUGGCCACGUCCCUCCCCAGCACCGCACCACACAAGUCCCAUUAGCCGAUUCCCUGCUGUCCGGGGCGCACCGCUGCCUCGCCGACAUGGGGGCGUUCAUGGGGCGCACCUUCAGGGUCGGAUGGGGCCCCGGGUGGACGCUAGCGCACGUCGGUCCUGGCCUGGCGGUGGAGCAGGACGGGUCAGGCCAGGACAUGGAGUCAGUGCCAUCCUCGCCAACUCCCCCGCCCUCGUUCCUCUUCGCAGGCUCCCUGGCUAGUCGUCCUAAGGUGGCUAGGGCUGUGGAGGGACCCAGUUACAAAGUCCUGGUGGAGCAGCUGCACACCGUCAAUCCAGAGCGUGGGGCCAUCUCGGCCCUGGUGGAGGACUGUCUGGGGUGCAUACUGGAGCACAGCAUUCUGGAGGGGGCUGACGACAUGGCUGACCUCACCACCGCCUCCACCGCCGCCGCCCCCCCCAGCUGCCCCUCCUUCAGGCCGCUCAAGGACGUGGAGCUCCUGCACCAGCUGGCGGACACAGCGGACUCACACCCUAACCACCAGGAGGCCAUCGUCAGGGAGAUCCUGUCGCUGUGUGUGGCUCUAUGGGGUCGCCUGGACUUCUAUUCACCGGAGAGUGACGGGGAGAGUGAGUACAGCAUCUCCAGGUCGCGCGUUGAGGCAGUGAGUCAGUGGCUGGAGGUGGUAAGCCAGGAGACGGUGGUGCAGGAGGUGGGGGCUGCGCUGGGGCCUGACGGAGGUGAGGAGGGCUAUCUAGAGGCUAUCCUUGCACACCUCUCAGCCCGGCAGGUGUCCCAGGCGUGUGUGUUGGCCCAGGACAGAGGCGACCACCACCUGGCCCUGCUACUGGCACAAGCUUGUAUGGGCCAGGACUCGCCGAGGCUGAUCAUGGCGGACCAACUGGCCAACUGGGGCGAGGGCGGGACGGACGCCCUCAUGUCCCCAACCCGCCUCACCCUCUACACCCUAUUGGCGGGCGCGGCGACCCACCAGGCAACCACCAACGCCACCCUCAACACCUGCACUGGACUGGACUGGCGGCGGGCAUUGGCACUGCAUCUGUGGUACGUCUGCCCCGCCACCGCCACCCUUGCCGAGGCCUUGGAGGAGUAUGACAAGGCUGCAGGGCUGGCUGGCGACGCCCCCGAGUACUGCAACCCUCCCCUGCCGCCCUACCUGGCCACCCACGCCCUGCGGAACAACAUGCAAGUGAGCUACGACAUGUGUUACCACCUGCUCAAGCUCUUCACUGACCCCCGACACCCACUUGAGGCCCUAUUGAACCCCAGCACAGCCACCCCUGACCCCCUCAAUGUGGCCAUCAGCUGGAUUAUGUGGCGCGUUUUGGAGAGCCUGAGUUACCACCACUUGUCAGCCCACCGCAGUGCCAGCCUGCACCUCAGCAUGGCGGCACUCCUCGAGGCCGCUGGGCACUGGCACUGGGCGGUCUUUGCUCUUCUACAUCUGGGCGACGCGGAAAGGCGUCAGCGCGAGGUUCAAGAGUUGCUGCUGAGACACGUGAGGGUGGGGGAAGCGGAGGGAGGCGAGGAGCAGUACAUGAGGCAGGAAGAGUUCGUGGUGGGACGUCUCGGCCUCCCUCGGCAGUGGCUACACCAGGCCAAGGCGACACGGGCACGGGCGCUGGGCAUGGUGGAUGAGGAGGCGUGGUACUUACUGAAGGCGGGUGAGCUCAGCCGCGCCCACACCCUCAUCGUGGACACCAUCGCACCCAACUCCAUCAUAAACGAGGACCACGACUACCUCCUCGGCUACCUGGACCUAAUCCGUGAGGGUGAGCGGGACAAGCAGGUGGCGGGCUGGGCGGUGGGCGGGGGGGUGUACGUGGACUACCUAGAGGUCUGUGCCGUGGUGAAGGACAUGACCACCACCGGCCAGCCCACCCCGGCCCUCCUGGAGCAGCUGCGGCCCCGACUCUUGGCCCUGUGCUCGCGCCUCAAUAACCUGCAGUGUCGAACGGCUUUGCACAGGCUAUGUGUGUCGGAGAUGAGCAAGAAGGUGGUGGGUGUGCUGCGGGCUGUGGUGGGUGACGGGACAGAUGCCACGCAGGUCCUCUCCCAGCAGCUCUCCAGCCUCCCCCUCACCCACGACUACGCCCUCGCCGAGCUCAACCUUAUCACCAACCACUACCUCACACACCUGGCUGCCGACACCUGAUUAGACCCCGCCACACCUGUCGUUAUCUUACCCUAGUGACACGUGUUGAAGAAGAAAGGGAGAUGGAAAUGAAAGAAGGGAGGAAGAGUGAACUUACCCACAGUGAUACAUGCUUAAAGAAGAAAAGGAAGGAAGGGGGAAGGGAAGGAAGAAAGGUUUAACUAGUGACACAUGUUGAAGAAGAAAGAGAAAGGGAAGGAAAGGAAAGAAGGGAGGAAGGUUGGACUUACCCAUAGUGAUACAUGUUUAAAGAAGGAAAGGGAAGAGAGGGAAUGGAAGGAAGGGAAGAAAUGUUAAACUAGUGAUAUCCGUAUAAGAAGAAAAGGGAAGAGAGGAAGGGAAAGGAAAGGAGGAAGGAAGGGAGGUCAAACUUUCCCCUAAUGACACCUGCCACACUCACCUGUUACUGAUAGCUAAUUACACCACCACCUGUGUAUACUUACCUUAGUCACCUGUUUAAGAAGAAAAUUUGAAGGAGGGAAAGGAAGGAAGAGAGGUUAAACUUACCCCUAGAGACACCUGCUUAAGUUCACCUGGCCAAUGAUCUCUAAUUACACUGCAUACCUGUCAUUAACUUACCCUAGUGACACCUGAAAAAGAGGAAAAAGGAAAGGAAGGAAAGAAGGAGGGUUAAACUUGCUCACAGUCACACCUGCUUAAAUUUACCUAUGUUUCUAAUGAUACCUUAGAUACCUUAGAAACACCUGCCUAAGCUUACCUGUGUUGCUAAUGAUAACUUUCCCUCUCACCUGUAUAAACUCACCUGGCCACUGAUUUCUGUUUGUUUAAGUUAGAUGAAAAUGAUAAUGGAGUGUGUUAAUGCUGUUGAACCAGAAAUAAUCAUGUUUUAGUGUUGUUGUUAUAGAUAAAUGCAGAAAUAAUGUUGUUUUGAGUAUUAUUAGCAACUUGAAACCAGAAGAAAUUAUACAUGAAAAUGAUGUUUGGGAGGAAAAGGAAAGGAUGAGGAUGAAAUAUGAAUAAAGAAGAAAGAAAGCAAACAAAAAGAUGAUGAAAUAUAUAAAUGCAGAAAGAAUGUUGUUUUGAGUAUUAUUAGCAACUUGAAACCAGAAGAAAUGAUAUGUAAAUUUUGUGUUUGGGGGAAAAGAAGAUAAAAUAUGUAAAGAGGAUUAGAAAAAAGCAGGAAACAAUGAUGAAAUGAAUAAAAAGAAUGAGGAGAAAAGCAAUGAAGAUGAUAAUGAAAGAAAUAAAAAGGAUGAGAAAAAGCAAGAACCAUAAUGACAAAAUAAAUACAAAGGACAAGAAAGAAAAAAGCAAGGAAAGAUGAUGAAAUAUAUAAAAAGAAAAAAAAGAAAACUAUUAAUAAAAGUGUGAAAUCUGUGCAUAAGGAAACAGUAAAGGAAAGAAAAAAGAAAGGCAGAUGUUCAAUACCUGUGCCAUAGUGAUUAGUGAAGGUGGUGGUGGUCAUGAUAGAUAGUGAAGCUUGGGCCUUAUUGAACGUAAAGAAAAUGGGAGUUAUGGCAUAGAACUAAGAGUGUGAAAAGGAGUGUGUGUGUGUGUGUGUGUGUGUCUCGGUAGUUUUAAGAAAGGGAUAACAUUUCUUCUAACAUGUAUUCUGGAGACGAGUGCAAACAUUAGAUUAAAGUAUUUGAAAGCAAUGAUGUAACUAUUUUUUUUAUAAGCUUUGAGGGGGGCAUUUAAAAUGACAUGUAUAGGAUUAAACCGCCAUAGAAACCACUCUGAAGGUUGUAAAUACACACACACACAUACACACACACUUUCCCACAAGCCAAUAUUGCCAACACUGCCACUAGACCCCGUAGGAAAUAACUGUAUACAUAGGAAGCGUGUCAUACCAGUAGUAGCAAAAACAUUCUUAUAUCCUCACACUAUUGAGGAAUAAGAGAAAGGUAGAAGGAGGAGGGGAAGUUAGGUAGAAGUUAACUGUAUGCAUUUCAGUUAGAUAAUAGACAUAGGAUACAGGUGGAGAAUGUUAGAGGAAAUGAAGAAGAAUAGUGAAAGCAAAGGAGACUAAUACAUAAAAAUUGAACAGGAAGACAUUAGGUGCUUGUAUUCAUCAUUUUCCAUUGUUAGUGGUGAAGAAGGAAAGUGUGUCAUGUUAAAAAUAAAAGAGGAGGAGGAGAAAGAAUAGGAAUAGAGUUAGAAAGAGACAGGGGAAGAUGUAGAAGGAGAAAGCUUAGACAGAAAAGUUAACAGAAGAGGAAAAAGGGUUAAAAUUAUAGGAAAAAAUGGGAGGAGGAGGAGGAGGAGGAAGAAUAGGAAAAAAGUUAGAAAGAGAAGGGAGAAGUAGGAGGAGGAAGUUUUAGACAGCAGUUAAUAAAAAAGAAGAGUAGGAGAAGAUUUAGAAUUAUAAGGAAAAGUAGGAGGAGAAAGAAGAAGAGGAAAUCAGAUAAAAUAGGAGGAAGAGGAGGUACCCUGUCUGAAAACAAAAAAAAAGUGAAAAUGAGUGAAUGUGACCGAGACUUGUUGCGUUACAGGAAAGUGAGGAGUUGAAUGUGAAUAUGAGACUCGAGUUCCUAUGUUGACGAAAGAAUGAAUAUGUGGUGGCAAAUAUGUGUUGCCAGUGAAGACAAAAAAGAGAAAAUUCCUUUUAUCAGUGAACAAAAUGAUGAAUGAAAGUACAAAACAGAAGCUCAAGUUAAUGAAAUUCCAGAAACAUGUCAAUACAAAAAAAAGAAGAGUAUAUGAAAGAAAACUGAACUACAUAAAUGACUUCCAUAGUGAAAAUAGUGACAUGUAAUAUUGAGAAUGAUUGAAGAUGUUGAUGUUAUGUUUGGAGAAGGUAGAGUUAGGAAAUAGUCACUUGUUCUAUACUUGUUAGAAGAUAAUACAUUUUUCUUUUUUUUAUUUCCAGCGUGAGGUUUUAUACAUAGUUGUUAAGAUUUACUAAUUAUUAUUAUUAUUAUUAUUAUUACUUUAUAGGAUGAAUAUUUCCUUGUCAUCCAAGUCAAUGUUUGUGGGAAAACCAUUUUGUUAAGAGAGAGAGAGAGAGAGAGAGAGAGAGAGAGAGAGAGAGAGAGAGAGAGAGAGAGAGAGAGAGAGAGAGAGAGAGA